UUAUUUAAAAAAUUAUUUUUCUUUAUUUUUUAAGUAAAACGUUAUUUUAUUAUUUGAAACAAGGUUACUUCAAGUUCGUAAAUACUGAACAAUACUUGCAAUUACGCUCGACACAUCGACUUUUCUAACGUUCUUCAUUUAUCUACAACUUAUUCAUGUAAUAUCAUUAAUUAUAUAUUUCACCUUUAUAUGUUGAUUAUUUGUACAUAAUUAACGUGUAAUAUGUCAAGCUUUCUUUUCUUUUAUACUAAGGAAAAAUAUAUACUUUAGGCAAAUCAAUUUACAUACAGAGAUAAUUUCAAAAAUUUGAAUAUUAACUCUGAACUGUGAAUAUCAAUUCAGUACAAAACAUUGAAUAACUUGAACUCCAUUACAAUAGUAAACUAAAUAUCCAAUCGAUUUAAUAUGGGUGGUAUUAGUCAAUCAAUUUGUGCAACAUGAAGUUGAACAUGAAGUGUGCGAUAUAACCAAUAAAAUAACAAAUAUAGAAAAUUAUUAGAUAUUACGGAUUAGCAUUUGGGGUUAAGCAUCGUGAUAUGCAGAAUGUUAACUUAAACAAAUGUUCUACUAAUGUAGAAAACCAAGCUUCCUAUAACAUUGCGGAAUGCGACAGAGUUGAUCAUGAAAUAGUGACUCCAUCGCAAAUAGCAAAAUUAAAUGAAGCUGUAACAAAUUUAAAAGAUGCUUUGCGAAUAAAAGAUGUACAAUUAGAAAAUUCACAUCGAGAGAAAAGUAGAUUACUGGCGGAAUUAAAGAAGCAACAAAGAUGCAACAGAAAUCUUAAACAACAGUUAGAUGGCGAGAGAAUUUUCCACCAAAGGGAGAAGGACCAUUUCCUUGAAGAAAUGCAACGGUACAGAGGCAGGUAUACCGGCAACGUGUCCAAGAUUCAGCAACAACGGCAUAAGGAGCUCGAAGAGGCACAGGAUUCCUUGGAGAGAGAAAACAAGCAGCUCAGAGCUGAGUUGUUAGAUAAAAACGAAGUUACGUAUAAUCUAUGCGUGAAGUUCCUUCGUAUGAAGUAUGCUAAAGACACAUUGAGAUAUAAAUUGGAUCAGUUGCUGCACGAGCAUUUGCUAGUAAUGGCGGAGAUGAUGGAGAAAUUAGACGAGGCGAGGAAGGAGCUUAAUUUAAUUGUAUCGGAAAAAUUUCAGGAACCGUUGCCCCUUAACAAAGCGAAAUUUUUACAAGUUGUACAGAGGAAUAACAGAUUGACGUAUGAAAAUGCGACGUUAAAGGUACAGGUUCAUCAACUUACUCAGAACAUAGAGAAAUUGAAAGGCCACGUGCAAAGACCGAAGAAGAUUAAUGUAGACGCGAAAAUCAUUGAGAAAUUAGCAACGCAAAGUAGUACAAGGUCAACUCUAGAUAAAGCGGAAAAAGUCGCGUUGCUUUCUAAAUUAUCUCAACCUGCCGUUGAAUACGCGGAAACAAUCUCGCGAGUGAAUUCUGAAAGUCCAGAUGAUUGCGUGUUUAAUGACUCCAAAGAUGUUAAAAGCAGAGACGAUAAACAUUCCAAAGAAUUUCGCACAGAUCGCGCUCAAAGUGCGCCGGGAAUUGUAGAAGCGUCCGUUGCUUCUCGACGGAAUAGAUGACUGCGUAUUUAUAUAAAUAUAUUUAUUCCUUUCUCGCGUAUCUUUAUUAAUCUGUUGAAUUGACGCGAUAUAAUAAAAUCGCUUGUUAAGGAUUGUCGCUACCAAAGUUUCUUUAUAUCAUCGAAAGGCAAGGAAACAAAUUCCUAUUUAACAAAACGUUUAUAGUGCAAAGUGAUAAUCGCGUCAUCCAACAAGUGAUGCGAGGUUUCAGUGAUAUUUUUGAAAUGAAACAAAAACAUUCGACAAUUUAAUUUUAAUCGAAAAUAUAUUUUCCAUUAUUAUUUACAACUACUUCCCGCCUUAAUCGUAAAUUUUCCAUUGCCCGGUAAUAAAAGUCUCAGUUUUGAGCUAAAAAGUAAAUCAACCUUCCUUUUAUAUAUCACAUUAUUUAUAUUUAUGAGAUGAUCCAAUAAUUAAAAAAUUAUUAAAAUAUUGCACGCUUUUGUUCGCAAUAUUUCGAAUGUUGGCUGUCACUUUUAUUUCCUUGUCUUUUGAUGCGAAACGAGAUUUAUCUAUAAUAAGACGGAGUCUUUUCAUAUCAGGCGAUGUCGAACAUUAAUUAAUAGAUCGAUUGAGACCGCGAACUAAGCAUUAAGAAAUUUGUCUUCUCCUUUUCCCCUUUUUCACCGGAUCGCUCUCGCUUUCCUACAUUACUGGGCAGAUUUCAACGCGUGUAUUUUGCGUCAACUUAGUUCCGCGACAACGAGGUCGUCGACUCGAAUUUAUUUUCUACACGCCAACCAAAAUGAGAAUCUCCAAGAUUAAGCGCAUUUAUUUAUUCCACUACGUUGCCACAUCGCCGGGCUAUUUUCUCCUCCCGUCUAUCCGCGGUGUAUAUUAUUAGCGGUACCAUUAAUGCAAUUACAGAAGCUAUCAUGGGGAACGUAGAAAACGUCUGGUGGCCAAUACUAUUUCAUAUAAGCCGAUCUACCUCUUUUCUCCUCGCCAAUAAAAAGUAUCGACAAAAUGCAGAAGGGACGUCAAUCCGCGAAUGAAUUCGUGGGCGUUCGACUAUCCUAUAUCGGACCGUGCGGCGGCAAUUAAAGCGAUAAAAAAAGGACGCGACGUGACGCAUAUAUUUCUGGCGCUUCUGAGUAAGUACAUUUUAUGCGCGAGUCGUCCGUCAUACACGUACAAGCUCUCCCCGUUAUCAGAAAUAUUAUCUUCGCUGAUACGAAUCGAGGAACGAAAGUCGAAUGCAGGCCCCAGGUUCGAAUCCUGGCUGAGGUAAUACUUUUCGCAAUAAGAAUAAUUUACAGCAUGGGGAAAGGGGGGUAUUGAGUGCUAAAUGUAGCAUCAGAAAAAUGCUAAAAU